AUGUAUGUUACAUUGGUGCUAAUUCUGGUUGCCGCAAUAGCCGCAACCUGUGCCGCGUCAACACGGGAAUCCAACGAUAACAACCUGACCAAUGACAAGAAAGAUCCUACCACACACGAACUCCUCAGAUCACUCGGCCUGAAGAAGCUUAGGAUUCCAGCUGCUCACCACCGAAAACGUCUAGCGGAACAGGGCAGACGGCACGGUAACGGCGACUCUAGAAUGUACGUCAUUAAGUUACCACCAAACACGAGCUACUACAGCCACUCGGACCCCGCCCCGGCAGCCGCACGCACGUUGCCCUUACAAAUGACAAGCAACGGGAAACCAGCUAAGGUUUACCAUUGGAACUUACCCACGCUGCAUAAAAUCGCUAAAAAUCGACCACAGGCAAGAUUUGAUGAUGAUAUCAUUAAUGUGGAAAACUCACCAACAUGGCCUAAAGGAGACAAUUAUCAUCCAAAUUCUCUAGAAGCUCUUGCCUACUACGUGCCAGCGAAGAAACCGUCAUUUAGGAAAUAUUACUCGGGAAACGGCAAACCAAAAUCGUUUUACGUCAUUGAGAAAAAUAAGAACUCGGCACAAUAUCACAAAUUGUUGCCAUAA